UUUUAUAGUAUUUGGUAGUAUCCCAUAGAUACAUAACUCCGUGCUAUUAGUUUUACAAUUAUAUAUUAUCUGCAUACUAAUUAUUGACCUAAUACUGUCUAGUAGAAGGUCUAUGCUGCGUACGGUGUGUACAAACCUUAUCAAUAUUAUCAGUAAUAAUCAGUAACCAGCCGUGCGCCGGAGCCGAAGACCGAUCGGCGGUCGCGCGAUCACUCAUUCACUCCACUCACCACUCAUCAGUUCACCGCCGUACCGCCUUCCACUGUUCAUUAAUCAUUUAAGCACGUGAUGUGCUCAAAAUAAUUUAUGAGUUAUUUUUCAAAUUUCAAAGCCGAAGGAUAUGAGUUGCCGAAAACAGUAGGUGCGACUCAGUGCGAGUGUGUGACAAAAUUGUCCAUAUAAAUCCCUGAAACUACCGGUCACGCCAUGGUAGUCCAGAAGAAAGAAAGCGUGUUCAACACACUCAACGAAUGUGAAGUGGAAGAUAUUACUUUAGAGUUUUUCUACAAACCUCAUACCAUAACUCUAUUGAUAUUGUCAAUCGUUGGAGUAAUUUUUAUGUCCUUUAUUCGAGAUGACAAAUCGAUUGAUAGCAAUAUCUGUGCUGGAAUCUGGUGCGUUAUAUUUUUUUUAAUUCUUGUAUCUUUAUUGGCAUUCCCUAAUGGCCCAUUUGUAAGACCUCACCCAGCAGUCUGGCGAAUGGUAUUCGGACUAAGUGUUCUAUACUCAUUAACAUUGCUAUUUUUAUUAUUUCAAAAAUAUGAAACAAUUAAAGGAAUGAUAUUAUGGCUUGAUCCUAAUCUCAAAGAUUUCAGAAUCGAUAUGGAUAAAGAGUAUGGUGUUAACUGUUCAGAUAUCUCUGUAGAAAAGUUUUGGGCGCAUUUGGAUGUAUUUGCUGCUGGUCACUUUUUUGGAUGGGUAUCGAAAGCAAUACUUGUGAGGCAUUAUGGAAUAUUGUGGUCAAUGAGUAUGAUGUGGGAAUUCACUGAAGUGAUGUUUUCUCAUUUAUUGCCUAAUUUUAAGGAAUGUUGGUGGGAUGCAUGGAUAUUAGAUGUCCUGCUUUGCAAUGGAUUUGGUAUAUGGGUCGGAAUGAAAAUUUGCAAAAUGUUAGAAAUGAGAGACUAUAACUGGCCUGGUAUUAAAGAUAUUGACACAACUAAAGGUAAAAUCAAGCGAGCUGCCCUACAGUUUACACCAGCUAGUUGGACACCAGUUCGGUGGCUAGAUCCAAAUUCAUCAUAUAUGCGAUUUUUUUCUGUGUGCCAAAUGGUAAUUAUGUGGCAAGUAUCUGAACUGAAUACAUUCUUCUUGAAGCACAUAUUUGAAAUGCCACCAUCGCAUCCACUAGUUGUUGGCAGGCUUUUCUUUUUGAGUAUCGUAGUUGCACCAUCUACUCGACAAUAUUACACAUAUGUGACAGAUCCUAAUUGUAAAAGACUUGGGACACAGUGUUGGGUCUAUGCAGUCAUAAUGGUCACAGAGUCACUGUUGUGUAUAAAGAAUGGAAAAGAACUAUUUCAGCAGACUGAAAUUUUUAACAUAUCAGUAUGGUUGAUGAUCAUGCUAUUUUUCUCCGUUGUGAGUGUUUUGGGUUUUUGGCAGGCUGAUUGGUUAACAGGAAAAAAAUUUGAUGCAGAUGUUGUUUCAAACUCCAUUCCAAAUGAUAGCCAUGUUGAAGAAGACUACAAAACUAGCAAAAGCAAAACACUUUAAAAUUAUUUCUCCAAGUAGCGUUAAUUAGUAGAUGCCAAAUAUUACAUAAAUACGUACCCAUAUUAGAAUCAUUAGAUGACAUUUCAAAUUGUAAACUCAAUAUAUGUGACCUAUUCCUUAAAAUAAUUAUUUCGGUAUUUAUUUAUUUAAAAAUAAUGGGACAUGUAUAUUUCCUUUAUGAGUUUUUUACUAUCAGAUCUUGUAUUGUUAUUAGUUAUUGUAAUAACGUUAUGAUAAAAGACUUAUUUAAGCCUAGUCACCUAAUGUGUAUUUGUUAUUACCUAUUUUAAAUCAUUUUUCUUUAAAAUGCUAUUUAUUGUGAUAAAAAUAUCAAGUACUGAAAUUGUAAUAUCGUGUGUUUAGUGCAUAAAUAGGUUACUUGAACUACUUGUUUGUAAUUUUUUUUUUGACUGUAUUGAUUUUUAAUUGUUCCAUAAUAUUAAAUAAAAUCCAUUGAAAAAAUAAAAAUAAAUGUCUUGUAGAAUAACAUUACAGUAUACAUCAUUAUAAAUAUUAAAAUACCUAGGCGUUCAACAUAUUUUAUUUAAAUGUUUGCUCAAGGUAAUAUAAUUAGUGUACUAAAGACAAAUUAUAUUAUCAUAGUGUUAUAGUGUUUAAACCAUUUAAAUUAUUAUUCUACCUAUAUAAAUAUUCUGUUUGUACUUCAAAAAUUAAAAUUAUAUUAUUUUGAAUAUUACAUUUAAAGUGUAUUAUUAAUUGUUAUACUCAUCUUUCUAUCAUAUUUCAAUGUCAUAAUAUACUCUUACAAUUAUUGUAACUUAAAUAAGUUUUCAUUAAUGUCCAUAAGCUUAGAAACGGAAAUAAUAUAAUACAGUAGAAGCCGCAUAAGGAACACUUGGACCACUUUGAAGUGUGUCAAUUAACUGAUUGUUUGUUAUAAGCGUCAAGCAAUUGGUUUUAUUUAUUAUGAAAAAAAAAGUAGCUACUAUGAAAUUUUUUUUAUUUUAUGUUAAAGAUGUAUCUAUCAGUGUCGUUUUCUACUGACACAAAAUUAUGAGUCAGUCUUUGUUCAUCUUUGCCUUUUUAGCUCUGUCACUUUUGACCACAUAUGAGUGUUCGGGCAAGGCUCUAAAUUAAAGCCCAGUCUCGACUACAUUAAAAAAAUAUCAGAGGAUGAAAAUUGAGGCAUCAGUUCCGUCCAAUGAGUUCCAACCCAAUUUUAUGUUUCACUAAUAAUGUAUUCUCCCGCUCUGUAUGCUGUAUACUAUGUACAUCAUGUACAUUGUAAUUGCAGUGCGUUGGUUAUCACCAAAUCAGAGUUAACCAAUAUGUUCUUUCAAUAAUCUGAUUAAUUUACAAUGGUAUAAUGGCCCAUUAAUACAGCUGGUCUUUCCCUAGAUACUUAGUUCAAUAACGUGAUUUUAUCAAUUAUCCGUGUUCCUAAUAAGCGGUUUCAACUGUAUAUAGGAAAAAAAAUUUAUUUUUUCAUCCGUAAUUUAACCUUAAGCUACUCUUUUAGUAGACAUAAUUUGGAUAAUACUCAGAUAAUCAAUUUUAUUAUAUUGGUAGUUUCAAGAUGAGUUUAAAUCAUAAAUUAAUAACAAAGUAAUUUAAACAGAAGAAUUUAUUUAAAUAAAUAAUGUGUGUAUCAUAAGUCAUAACUAAUAUAAUUCCGAAAAUGAAACAAACUAAGAAUAUUGCAUUAUAUUUUCAAAAUGUUAUCAUAAUUCAUAUGUAAAUACUAUUACAAUUUAUUAUAAUAUUAUUUAAUAUAAAUAGCUAAGCAGUAGUAUUUAAUGUUUUUUUUUAUCUCGUGCGUUAUAACUGGAUAGUAGUUUUGAUAAAAUUAGUUGUUCAUUUUUGGACGUACAUGCAUGUAUUAAUUAAUUGUACAUUCUCUUAUCAGAUUUAUUUUUAUUGAAGCUAAAUAGUUUUCACAGAUGUAAUUAUAAUGAAAAUUAAAAAUAUAAACUUGUAAAAUAUUUUUAAAUGAUUGAGUACAUGUCAGUAUAAAAACAACUGUAGGUAUCUGUGUCCAGUAGGCAAUGUUAGGGCUUAAGAUAUUAUUCUCAUAUUUUGGGUUUUAUUUUUAAUUGAAAAAAUAUUUUAAUUAAUUAUUUUAUAUUAUCUUCUGGUGCAAUUAUAAGUAUUUUUGUCUUAAUAUAACCAAUUACCAGCUUAUCUUGUAUGAUAUAAUGUGGCAUUUAUAACUUUAUGAGUAUAAAAUGUCAUCAGACUUUUUCUUUAUUUUAUUAAGACUGCUAGAAUACAUAAAAUAUAUACAAAAUAACAAUUGGAUAUCUGGCAAAGUUAUAUUUUAAUUCUUAUAAUAUGUUCAAAAACGUCUAGGUUUAUGACUUAUGAGGUUCAACUCAGUUUAAGCCAAAAUUAUGACGAUUCUCACUAUAAAAUAAAUAAUUUUUAAUCUAUUCUGUGUUAAAACCAAUCUUGUUUAUAAUAUCAAUGAUUUAAAUACAUAUCGGAUCUAAUAUGGAAACAACUUUGGUUAGUCUUGUAUUCAUUUUAGGUGCUGCGUUUAAUCGUAUAGAUUUAAUUUU